CCUCGACCCUUGGCGCCCCAUCGCGCAUGCGCUACGGCCCCGUCUCACCAGCAGCAGCGAAGGAGUUUGGAAGUUCAAAAUGGCCGCCGCGGUGGAGUCUGUGCUGCGGGAGCCCGAAACUGAAGAUGCAGAUAUUUCUGAGAGAAGUGUCAAUGAAGAAAAUGGGGAAAUAUCAGAAGGAGAGCAACCUCAGAAUAAGCACAGCCGACACAAAAAAAAGAAACACAAACACCGAAGUAAACACAAGAAACACAAACAUUCUUCAGAAGAAGACAAGGACAAAAAACAUAAACACAGGCACAAACAUAAGAAACAUAAACGGAAAGAGGUUGUUGAUGCCUCUGACAAAGAAGAUGGACCAGCAAAAAGAACUAAAAUUGAUUUCUUAGCUCCUCUAGAAGAUUUGGAAAAACAAAGAGCAUUAUUGAAAGCUGAACUUGAGAAUGAGUUAAUGGAAGGAAAAGUUCAGUCUGGGAUGGGGUUAAUAUUACAAGGUUAUGAGUCAGGUUCUGAAGAAGAGGGAGAAAUCAAUGAAAAGGUGCGAAAUGGCAAUAGGUCUUCAACUAAAUCAUCAAACACUAAGGGGAAACUAGAGCUUGUGGACAAUAAAACAAGUUCCAAAAAAGCAAGUAAGAAUGAAUCAAAGGAACGGACUAGGCACAGAUCUGAUAAAAAGAAAAGCAAGAUAGGAAUUGAUGGAAUGAAAGAGAAAACAACUAGAAGCAAAUCAAAAGAGAGGAGAAAAUCAAAAAGCCCAUCUAAAAGAACUAAAUCUCAAGAUCAAACAAGGAAAUCAAAGUCACCAACCCUUAAAAGGCGGUCUCAGGAGAAAAAUAGAAAGUCUAAGUCUCCUCCAGAGGAUAAGAAUAAAGCAGAUGAUAAGAGUAAAGCAAGAGAUCGCAGAAGGUCUCCAGUUGUAAAUGAAAGCAAAAGUCGAGAUCGUGGCAAAAAAUCCAAAUCUCCAAUAGAAUUAAGAAGCAAAUCCAAAGACAGAAGGUCACGAUCAAAAGAUAGGAAAUCAAGGAGAUCAGAGACUGACAAAGAGAAGAAGCAAAUUAAAUCUCCUUCAAAAGAUGCUUCUUCAGGGAAAGAAAACAGGUCUCCUAGUAGAAGACCUGGCCGCAGCCCUAAAGGAAGAAGCUUAUCUCCAAAACGUGAUAAAUUACGAAGAAGCAGAUCUCCUCUUCUUAACGAUCGCAGAUCAAAACAGAGUAAAUCACCCUCUCGAACUCAGUCUCCUGGUAGAAGAGCAAAGAGCAGAUCAGCAGAAAGGAAACGAAGAGAAUCAGAAAGGAGGCGUCUUUCUUCUCCCAGAACCCGACCUAGGGAUGAUAUUCUCUCUAGACGUGAGAGAUCAAAAGAAGCCAGCCCACUCAGAUGGUCACCAUCCAGAAGAAGAUCUAGGUCUCCCAUCCGACGGAGAUCUCGUUCACCACUGCGACGCAGCCGGUCUCCAAGAAGGAGAAGCAGGUCUCCUCGGAGGAGGGAUAGAGGUCGGAGGAGUAGAUCUCGGCUUCGGAGGAGGUCUAGGUCACGGGGUGGUCGUAGACGUAGGAGUAGAAGCAAAGUUAAGGAAGAUAAAUUUAAAGGAAGUCUUUCUGAAGGCAUGAAAGCUGAGCAGGAAUCCUCAUCAGAUGAGAACCUUGAAGACUUUGAUGUAGAAGAAGAAGAUGAAGAAGCCCUGAUAGAGCAGCGAAGACUGCAGAGACAAGCAAUUGUUCAGAAAUACAAGUACCUGACUGAAGACAGUAAUAUGUCUGUGCCAUCUGAACCAAGCAGUCCUCAGAGCAGCACACGUAGUCGUUCAAAUUCACCAGAUGACAUUCUAGAACGUGUAGCUGCUGAUGUUAAAGAGUAUGAACGGGAAAACGUUGAUACAUUUGAGGCCUCUGUAAAAGCCAAACACAACCUCAUGACAGUUGAACAGAAUAAUGGCUCAGCUCAGAAGAAGCUAUUAGCUCCUGACAUGUUCACAGAAUCGGAUGAUAUGUUUGCUGCAUACUUUGAUAGUGCUCGUCUUAGGGCUGCUGGUUUUGGAAAAGACUUCAAAGAAAACCCCAAUCUCAGGGAUAACUGGACUGAUGCAGAAGGCUAUUAUCGUGUUAACAUAGGUGAAGUUCUAGAUAAACGUUACAAUGUUUAUGGUUACACUGGCCAGGGAGUUUUCAGUAACGUAGUGCGAGCCAGAGAUAUGGCCAGAGCAAACCAAGAAGUGGCAGUCAAAAUAAUCAGGAACAAUGAACUUAUGCAAAAAACUGGUCUCAAAGAACUGGAAUUUUUGAAGAAGCUCAAUGAUGCAGAUCCUGAUGACAAAUUUCAUUGUCUACGAUUGUUCAGACAUUUUUAUCACAAACAGCACCUCUGUCUCGUAUUUGAACCACUCAGUAUGAAUUUACGAGAAGUACUGAAAAAGUAUGGAAAGGAUGUCGGUCUCCACAUUAAAGCUGUACGGUCCUACAGCCAGCAAUUGUUCCUUGCAUUAAAACUACUUAAAAGAUGUAACAUCCUACAUGCUGAUAUUAAACCAGACAAUAUAUUGGUGAAUGAAUCUAAAACCAUAUUAAAGCUUUGUGAUUUUGGAUCAGCUUCACAUGUUGCAGAUAAUGACAUCACACCAUAUCUUGUCAGUAGAUUUUAUCGAGCUCCUGAAAUUAUUAUAGGCAAAAUCUAUGAUUAUGGUAUAGAUAUGUGGUCAGUAGGCUGCACGUUAUAUGAACUUUAUACAGGAAAAAUACUGUUUCCUGGCAAAACCAAUAACCAUAUGCUGAAACUUGCCAUGGACCUCAAAGGAAAGAUGCCAAACAAGAUGAUCCGAAAAGGUGUAUUCAAAGAUCAACACUUUGAUCAAAAUCUCAACUUCAUGUAUAUAGAAGUAGACAAAGUAACAGAAAGGGAAAAAGUUACUGUCAUGAGCACCAUUAAUCCAACCAAGGACCUGUUAGCAGACUUGAUUGGAUGCCAACGACUCCCUGAAGACCAGCGGAAAAAAGUGUGUGUGUGCAGGCCACAGCAGCAUGCCCUUGGUGUAGUCAGUGCCGAAGGGGGUCUGUUCCUUCUUGAGCCUGCCUGCAGGGAUGGUCUCCUCUUUUAAAGCAGGUUGUGUACAACUUUCAGUACACUGAAGGUAAGCUAAACCAUCAACAUCACCGGUGUUUAAGAUGUUAUUUUACUGGAACAACUGACAAAUGAGAGACAAUAGCUUUAUGGCAGAAUUCCCUGCAUGUUUGAUAAAUGAUGUUUUAUUUUCUGGCAUUGCAACUGUGGCAUAGUUACGACUUGUGUUCAGUUCAUCACAUUUAAAAUUUGGAGAAUGCGCACUUGAUGGAUAGAGCGCCUUCAGUGUACUGUUCUUAUUACUUUAAUUUUUUUAAUCAACUUGCUAUAGACUUUGUAUACAUUUUGUUAAAUAUAGUUCACUAUGACAUAGAACCAAUACUUAACAGAAAAGUUUUCAUUUACUAAUUACAUAUGUUGGCAUCUGAUUCUGAAAGACCUUAUAUCUAAAGGAUAGAUAGACAAUAUAAUGACAUUUUUAACUAUUUGUAUGUCAUUUUGAAAGUGUACUGCUUUAUGCUUAAAAGUGUUUCAUUUGUUCAUUGUUUUCAUUAUUUGUGAUCAUGUUGUCUUUCAAUACAGGCAUAAACCUUCCACUCUUGAACAAAGCAGCUGCUUUUUAAAAGCGGUAAUUGCUUCUUUACCUUUUAUUUCUUUUGUAAAUGAAGCUUUUCUUUAAGAAAUGUGACAGUGUUGUCUCUUGCAUAAAACAGUUGACACUCACUUAUUGUAAAGUGAAGAUUGUUCUGCUGCAUGUAAAGUGGACCAUGCAGAUUUCUGUAUGUUUUCAGUAUGCAUCAUUAGAUAAUAAAGUCUUUUGUGAACAAGGCAUUUGUAGCCAUUUUUAAAAGAUUUUGUCUUCAGUGCUGGUAAAUCAGGUAAUACAUAAGAAGAAACCCUUCAUUUUUCUGUAAAUCCUUUAAUUAAAGGGAUUAUUAAAAGUUAUGAUCUUUGGAAGGUGAUAUUAAUUAGAUCUCUAAUUAUCAUCAUUGUAAAAGAAAACAAACCAAAAACCUACAGAUACUGUCUAUCUGCUUUCAUUGUUAUGAAAUUAUUCCUGUAGGAUGUAUGAUUGAAUUCAGGCUUUAACUAAUGUUUGUGCUAUUUUUCUCACUUUUCCUUUUGAUGGUGCUGAAAGAGAGAAAGGAAAGCGAGGCACAGGCCACUCUACGCCUACUCCAUGGGUCUGAUUUGAUGAGACACCAACUUCACCUUCCUAACAAGGCACAAACAUGCACACUUAGUGCAAUCAAGGAUGGAAAAUGAGACUAAGCAGUCUUUCUGCUGGUGGGGUGUUCCCCACCAAGGAGAUGUAAUGAACUACAAAGCAGGCAGGUGAUGGGUGAUGUUACAUGCCUAUUUUGAACCUUCAACCUGUCAGUUUUUAUUUUAAUUUUUGAUGAAAAGUAAAUCUGUUCCCACUUCAACAUAUUAAGUUUCUUGUUCAUACAGGAAAUAGAAUGCAGAUUUCACUCUUACUGAAAUGAAGAACUAGAUACUUGUUAGCUAAUUUCACACAAAGAAAUUUGCACUGUUAUGGUGACACCUAUAACAUAUCCAGCACUUCUGGUGGCAGUUUUACACAGAUGUAGUGAAAUCCUAUUGUUUCUGUUGAUUUUGACCAUUAUUUUGUAUCCCUAUUUAAGAAUCGUGAAAUGAGUUGUCAACUCCAAUAGAAACAAUGCACCUUAUACCUACAGAACUUUUAAAAACUAUUCUAAAGAAGAAUAAAGUUGCUCGUUUACUUGUUCUUUGUGUUGUAGGUGCCGCUCAAAAGAAGAUGAUGACCACCAGAAGACAUGAACAAAGGUUUCUGUCCUAUAAAAGAUAUGAAAAUAUUUUUCAUGUUAUCUGUCUAAUCUUUCUGAUUGCAGCAUUCAUUAGCACUAUUGGUAAUUCUAAGAAUAGUCCUGUUGUGAUGGUAUUUAUAUGUAUGAUGUGCUUGUUUCAUUUCUGGUCGAUGUGAUUUUGUUGUGAUCAGAUGUAGGAAGAUACACAAUACUGUAUCUGUAACUUUCUUCUAAUAAGAGAAAUAUUGGGUAUGAUACAUUUCCUUUAGGAAAGAGUCAACCAAAUUUGUCAGUAAAAUAUAUAUAUUUUAGCAUCACUGAUGUUUUUAUGAUUUUACUAGCAGAGGAUAUAAAAUUUUGUUCCCUUAUUUUAUUGUAGCAAGUGUAUUAUAAAUGCUAAUACUAUCUCUUACUUACCUUUAGCCAACCGAGCAAACAUUGUAACUAGGGGGGUGGGUUAUGAGAAAUUGUUGAAAAACAAGUGGAUCCUGGUCCUUGGCCUUCCUCCAGCUCCCUUUGUGCUUUUCUGGCAGAACAAAGGAGUGGUAAUUCUGGCUUGAACAUCCAGCCAAAUGGUUCCCCCAGCAUGGAAGAUUCCUGAGUGGUGUAGAGACAUAAUUACUUAUUUGCCUCCCCUCUCCCUCUCAACUCUUGGUGUAGGGGAGAGUUGGAUGUGUGAAUGGAGUGGUGCUGAACUCUGCUGAUUCCCAGCUGUGGCAAACGGGUACAAAAUAGAAGAAUCCCUGAAGCUGCCAUUCGCAGUUGGCUUUUGGAUGAGGGUGGUAUGCAGCUGUUUUUGCUGCCUCCACACCUUGGGUCUGGUGCCAAGUGAAACUUGGCUGAACCCAAGCAUUUAACCCAUGAUCUGUGUCUCAUGGUGACUGAAAAUCAACAAAAAACAAACUAAAAGUGCUUUAGAAUCUGGGUCCCCAGAUGAGAAUUAAAUACACUGGAGAUGUAUACUAAAAAAUCCCUUUACUACUUAUAUUUGUUAUGUACGUUGCUUAGGUGAAUACAUAUAGGUUGACAACAUUGAAAACCAUUUUAAAAUAAAUUUGUUAAAUGAAUUUUGAUUUUGAGUCAUUACAUUUUUUAAUAAUGUUUUUCCAUCCAUAUAUAGGGUAAGUGGCAGUAAACCUCUGAAGAACCUUUGAAUAUAUUGAUCGAUACACAGAAGGCUGAUCAUUCUGUGAGAAUACAGGAGAUAUAACGUAAUCUUCUACAGUGUAUUAAGUCACCAACUGUAACUUAUAGCAGCAAAUGUUCAAAGUGGCAAUUUCUUCAAGUUAAUAAAAUAAGAUUUCGGAAGUUA